UUGUAAUUUUGCGUCAAUUUCGGAAUGACACGUCUCUUGUCGCACUCGUGUUGCGCGUAGCAAUUUUCUUUUCGAUAAAUGUAAUAAAUUUACAAUGGGUGGACAAAAAUUUGAAUACGAUGAGAGUGGGUCCACAUUCUUUUAUUUUGUCCUUUCAUUCCUUGCUCUAAUUCUUGUGCCAGCUACGUUUUAUUAUUGGCCGAGGAAAAGGAAAGAAGAUCCAGCCAAGAAAGCAGAACUAUGUCAAUGUCCAGGUUGUUUAAAGAAACAGAUAAUCAUAGAACAAUCACAACCUUACAAGGGAGUUAAAAAUUUCUUUAUAAAGCUUGCCAUCAUAUCAGGAUGGGUGUUGCUUGGCUUUCUGGCAUAUAAGGUGUCCCAGUUUGAUUAUGAAAUGUCAAACUUUGAUCCCUAUGAGAUACUGGGGCUUCCACCUGGUUCCACUCAAGCUGAAAUCAAGAAGUCUUAUAGGAAACAAUCUCUGAUUCUCCAUCCAGACAAAGAAACUGGUGAUGAAAAAGCAUUUAUGAGACUAACAAAAGCUUAUCAGGCUCUAACAGAUGAUGAAGCUCGGCGGAAUUGGGAGAAAUAUGGCAACCCUGACGGACCAGGGGCUAUGAGCUUUGGUAUAGCUCUGCCCAGUUGGAUUGUGGAGAAAGAAAACAGUGUGUGGGUGCUCGGGCUCUAUGCUCUAGUUUUUAUGGUCGCCUUACCUACAGCUGUGGGUACAUGGUGGUAUAGAUCAAUUCGCUUCUCAGGAGAACAAGUGUUGCUGUACACAACACAGACCUACUUCUACUUCUGUCACAAAACACCCUCCAUGCCUCUGAAGAGGGCUCUCAUGAUUCUGGCCGCGUCCUGUGAGUUUGACAAGAGGCACAACUCUGAAAUUGUUGAGAGGGUCACUGAUAAUGAAGAAGUGCCUGCACUUCUCCGCGAGCUACCCAACCUGGGCGAGAAGAACAAGGAGCAGCCGCUGUGCCGGCCGUACAGCAUCAAGGCGCGCGCCCUCCUCCACGCGCACCUGUCGCGCAUGCGCCUGCCGCCCGACACGCUCGAGCUCGACCGCCGCUACAUCGUGUCGCGCUGCCCCGAUCUUAUCGUCGAGAUGGUCAACUGUGUCAACCAACUGAUCGCCCUCGCUUACGCUAGGAGAAUACCACGUCUUCCGACGAUAGAGACGAUAGAAAACUGUAUGAAGCUGUCUCCGAUGGUAGUCCAAGGUCUUUGGGAGUACAAGUCCCCUCUCCUCCAGUUGCCAUACAUCACAGAAGACCACCUCAAAUACUUCACCAACCGCAAGAAGCACAUCAAGUCGCUGCUCCAGCUCGCCCAGUUACCAGGGGAGGAGAGGCGGCAGGUUCUACGAUUCCUGAAUGAUAAGCAGUAUGACGACCUCAUGAAAGUACUUGGGAACAUGCCCUAUAUACACUUCCAAGUUAAUACAGAAGUAAUCGACGACGAGAACUCUACAGUGGUAACGGCGGGGGCCAUAGUCACAGUAACAGUGUUCCUGCGAAGGACGAACAUGAGGGAACUAUUUGGGGAUACUACUAUAAAAGAAAAGGAAAUUAAAGAAGAAGAAGAGGGCGGCGAGAAUGCAGAAAAGGGAGACAACGAUAAAGCAGAGAAGAAUGACAAGAACGACAAGAAGGAGACGUUCAAGCGGCCAGUGUGGAUGAAGCAGGCCAAGCGGCCCGCGAAGAAGGGAAAGGCGAAGGCGCCCGCUAAGCAAGUGGCGAAGCCCGCACCCGCCAACGCCACGCCGCCGCCGCCCGCCAACGAUACCAAGAAAACAAAAGAACCAAAGAAGAAAGAAAAUGAUAAAGAAGAGGGUGAGGACUCAGAUGUGGAGUCAGAGUCGUCGGGGUCACACAGCUCGGGGUCGGAGGACGAGUCGCGCGACAAGUCGUCGGCGGCGGACGACGACGACGACCAGUGGGACAAGUUCCAAAAGCGGCUGCAGAAGCGCGAGAGGCUUGAGGGACGGUCCAAGAGCUCACACCCCGUGCAUUGUCCGUACUUCCCACUUGAGAAGCAAGAGUACUGGUGGUGCUACAUCUGCGACCGCAAGUCGCACACGCUGCUGACUGCGCCGGCGCAUGUGACAGCGCUGGUGGACUCGCACGAGCUGCAGCUGCGGUUCACGGCGCCGCGCUGGCCCGGCCUUUACACCCUCGCCUGCUGCUUGCGAUCAGACUCGUACAUCGGCAUGGACCAGCAGCAAGACAUGAAGCUGGACGUGAAGGAGGCGGCGGCAGUACCGGCCGAGCACCCGCAGUGGGACCUCAGCGACUCCGACUCCGACAACAAUGACCAGGGAGGCAACGAGAGUGAGUUCACGACAGACGACGAGGUCGAUGAAGAGUAAAUUAUCCAGGAUUAAGUUAUUUUUGUAGAGUUUAUUACGAGAAGUAAGCGGGAUAUGUUGUUGUAUGGUUUGAGAGCGAGUGAAUAUAAAUGUUUUAUAUUCUAA